UGGGUGCCCAGCCCAAGGGACUGUGGGGAUCUGACCUUCAAGGACCUGGUUUCAUUAGGCCUGGGGGGUCACUCCAUGCUAGGGGUCGGGCAGGGAGGGAAGGUAGUUCCAGAGCCUCUAGUGAGAAGUUGGGGGCAUCCUUACCUGAGACCUGAACAUCAAUUUAAUUAUUAGCUGUGGGCAAUAGGGACUUGAUUUUGGAUUUAACUUAUUUUGUGGUGAGUUUGAACUUUAUUUUUCUGUGUUGGGGAUGGGGCCCAGAGUUUCUUUCAUACGUGUCAGGUAAGUAUUUUAUUUUCUAUCUUAGCCACUCGUUAUCUGUUAGGCCAAGGAAAUAUCUUUUUAGAUUUUUUUUUUUUUAAAUAUGUAUGGGUGUUUUGUCUGUAUGUGAACUUUGUGUGUGCAGUACCCACAUCAGCGGGAAGAGGGCAUCCGAUUCCCCAGAACUGGAGUUACUCUGAGCUACCAGGAAGGCCCUGGUAAUGGAACCUGGGUUUUCCAGAAGAGCAGCCAACACUCUUAACUGUUGGGCCAUUUCUCCAGCCCCCCACCCCCACCAUCAACUCCAGGAAAAAACUUGACCCAAUGUCAGAGGAUUCUGCCAUGAUAAUCUGUCCAGGAGGCCAGGCAGAUUGAAGUGGGGAGGGGCAAAAGAAAAAGGGGGGCGCAGGAAUAGAGAAGUUCCAAGCAGCCAGCCAUGAAGUGUACCAGGGUGAGGACCCGGUUGGGCAGCCAUCCCUUUCUGUUCCCAGGCUAGUUCUGCUGGGCCGUGUCUGGGAGGGGCAGGCGUGUGGAGCGCUUAGCUCCCCUACCAGAGGACAGAACCCCAGGGAAUGAGAAUGAAGCCUCUGCUCAGGGCAGCUUCAGGAUUUGACCUUAAGACACCCAGGGCCAUGGAUGGAAACAUCCCUGGGAGCCAGCUAGAGUCUGAGAUGGCUGCAGGGGAGAUCUUUAGAUGGAGGAUGCCUGCGUGAUCCAUGAGGACAUAGGGUCCUUCAGGGGGUUGGUCCCCUCCCCUUGAGGGAGCAGAUAAAAUGGGACGCUGACAAAGGGCACCGUGGGGCCAGUUCUUCUGUAUCGUUCUGUUUUUGCACCCCGCCCCCACGUUGUGGAUAAAUUUAGAGGCUCACUGUUUGCUAAGGCUAACUGCGGUGCUCUGCUUUUGAACUACAUCUCCAACCCCAUCCCUUUUUUUUGAAUGGUCAGGCUGUCUCCUGCAGCCUCCCCCUAUACUAACCCUGAAUCCCUAGGAAGACCCAACUCUUAGCAGGCCUGACCACUAGCCUCACCACAAGGAUCCUGUCCUGGGUGUGCAGAUGGAUCCACAACUUGGGAAGAAAAGUCUGAGCAGAUUAACAUUUCAGCCAUCAAUUUACGAUCUCUUCUCGAAACCAAGCUUAUCAGAAUUGUGCCAAUCAGAAAGAGAGGCCUAUCAGCUAAUUGUGGAUUUUAUGGAGCCAGGCGAGAUGUCCCAGUUAGACAAGCUGAACUUCCUGAAUGCUGUGGAAAUUUUAAGCAAUGUUGUGCGUGAUCAGGCAAAUGGCAACAUGAAUAACUACUACCCUAAAACCCUUCUGGCCAAGAAAAUUCAGACAUUCAUCAUGGAAGAACCCACAGAGAUCUUGGAUAGUAAUGUGCGUCAGCAAGCCAUGCUCUGCAUCGUGGCCCUGAGCCAGGUGAGGCCACCUUUCCACCUAUGCCAGAAACUGGACCUGGUCAACGUUAGCAUCACCAGCAUCUUCUCUCUGCCACUCAUCAUGCCCAGUCUUGACCGGAAGGAGAGUGCUAGUCUUUACCUCCAGACAAGCCAGGCCUUGGAUGACAUGCUGCAAGCCCUUGUGAUGGAGGAAAGGAGCCCCAACAUGAUCAUACUGCAGAAAUUUGUAGAGAUCAUCUUACCUUGGUUAAUGCUGUCAGACAAAGUGCAAGAACAGAUCCGAGCCCUGAGCACGAUUUCCCGAUUGCUGAGGUUUAUCUGCAAUUUCUCGGAACUGUCGCACAUGGUAUCAUUCUCCAUAAUCGGGAGGCUGAUUGGAACCUUCAGCAUCUUCUGCAUGAAUCCCAGCCAGGAGAUCAGCGUGGGAGCAUUGGAGGCAUUGUAUUACUUGUUCACCAUCCUUGUGCUUCAGAGAAGUGUCAGACCGAAGACAGCGACCAUCCUGAAGGAUUUACAGAAGCAUUUCCGUGGAAACUGGAUGGCCAACAUGCAGAAUCUCACACUGUUCUUCAGGAAAUACCUGACCCCUGUAGAGAGAGCCGACGUGAUCAUGGUGGCCAUGGAGGCCAUGAACAGCGGCGACAUGAAUAAUGUCAUUGCAGCCUCGGAGAUGUUAAAUAUGAUUCUGAAGUACCCUCUUACAGAAGUUGCCAAGGUGCCAGAAAUCAUCCAGUUAAUUUACUACUACGUAGACAGCGUGACCGAGGAAGUCGCCCAGGAUGUCAUAAAGAAGGUCUUCCAAUUGCUGGUCCAGUCUCACACAGAUGAGGUUAUCCUGACGCUGUUCAAGAUAGAGGACCGGUCACUAAGGGGCACACACAGAUCCUGGGAAAUCCUGGCUUCCUUUCCAAAAAGCUACCAAGUAAUCAUGGAGUAUCUACUGCAGAGGCUGAUUUCCCCCCAGACACCCAAGGACCAGGAGACCGGCCAUGAAACAGAGCUCUCAACAUCGAUUGUCACCAGGGCCAUCCAUGAGCUGCUGCUGGUGCCAAGCCAGCGCUCGGAGGUGCAAACCGUCUUCGCCUCCCUGUUCGUGGCCCUGCUUUUCCAAAUCUCUUUCCUGGUGACUAACCGGAGCACUCUGGGCCAGGACAAGCCGCACGAAACUGAAUGUGUGAACCUUGUGAGUUCUUCUGUGAAGGCCUUGAAGACCUUACUGCGAAGCUCCGGGUACUUAGAUCACAUGUCUUAUAUUCAGACACUUAGGGGCUGGGAACUGCUUGUCAAUCCUGAAAGGCACUAUUAUGGAGUCACUAUGCUGGCCAGGUCCCUGGUCAUCAAGAACUGUUGGCACAAUCGCCCUGUCUUCCGCUUCCUCAUCAGGACCCUCGAGGACCCAGCCUGUGUCAAUCACUUCACAGCCCUGGUGUUCCUGACGGAGCUGUUCCACUGUCCAGAUGUGGCAGGUGCUGUGGAUGAAGCCUCCACCAAGGUUCUGGCAGAUUGUUUCAAGUGUGAGGAGCCAGCCACGGAGCAUCUAUUCCUGCAGAUCUCAGAAACCUUCACAAAGCACAAAAACACGAUGAAGCACUUCCACAUCCUGCAGCCCUACGUGCUGAGCUGCUGCUACUCCUCCAGCAGUGAGGUGGUGAUGGAGACCUUCCUGACGCUGCAGCGCAUCCUCAAGGACCUCACCUGGCAUUACUCCUCCUCCUUCAUCGUCGAGCUGACCUUCACUUUGGCACACUUCUUUGAGGAGGAGUCAGAGCAGCUGCGCCUGAUAGUCUUUGAGAUCUACGGAAGCAUCCUAACUAAAAUCUCGAGGAUGAACCUUGUCUUCCCCAUGAGGCACCAGAUUCUCAACUUCAUAGUCCUCCUUGUGUCACACCUGAAGGACGUAAACGCCGAAGUGGUGGAGGUCUGUAGGCGAGCCCUCUACAAAUUAGCUACCAUCAUGGGCUGGUUCAAACUCAAAGUGGUCUUUGCCAAGAAAGAUGUAUUCACCAUCCUCGGCACCCUGUUGCAGCAGGAAAGGAGCAGGGCAGUCUGGUUUUUGAAGCAGAGUGUGGCUCUCUUCAAGAGUCCGCAGGGCCCCAUCCGCCAGGUGGCUGUGUGGUUUGCAGGUCAGAUCAUCCGCAUCCUCAACAGGGCCGAGAGAGAGGAAACCGAGGAGGAAUACAUAGCCUUCAGGUGCAUGCAGAAAGACCCUGACCCCAUAGUCAGCUGCCUCACUCUACAGACUUUCCACAUCCUAGAAGCCAAGGAGACGGCGACACCGGCUAAGACCCCUUCCUCCUGCCUCUGCAUGAGGAGGUUCCGAAGGAAGGACGGCUGAGUCGGCGUGUGAGGGUCCGAGAUGAAGGCUUGCCCCCAACCCCACUUGUGGCAGCAGGCUACCUCCCGAGUCCUGCACUAGAAGUGGCGUCUCCCUGUAGAACUCUGCUAAUAAAAGGGGAAAGAAUGCA